UUAUAGUUUUUGCAGUCUUUUCCCAGAUUUAUGGAUUAUAUUGAACGACAAGCAGAGGAAUCAGAAGGCGAAGAAUCCUCAUCAUCCACAUCAUCGACAGAGCAAGACCAGCCUAAAGCUAAGAAGAGAAAAAUACAAAAAGAGAAGAAGAAAAAGAGCAAACGCGUUGUUGAAAGCGAUGAUGAAGAUGAAGAAGAAGACGAUGACGAGCAAGGUGCUGAAGAGAUGAAAGGAUUCAUUGCUGAUGAAGAGGAAGAAGAGGAAGAUGCUGAUGACGACAAAUCAGAAAAGUCAGAAAAACUUGAAGAUGAAGAGGACGAGCUGGAUGAUGAUGAUAUAGAUUUGAUACAAGAAAAUCUGGGAAAUAGAAAAGAAAAAAAGCAGCGAAUCAUACAACCAGAAGAUUCUGAUGAGGAUGUUGACGAUCGAACAGCCAUCCAAAAGAAACUGUUUGGCGAGGGAGAUGAUGGAGAAGGCCCCUCGAGCCCGCGAAGAGGAGAUCUAAGCGGCGAAGAUUCUGACAGGGAACGAUAUUCAGACUCCGAGCAAAGCGAGGAUAACUUCAUUGUUAAUGAAGAUGGCGGGCGACAUGGUCAUCGUCAUCACAGGCGAAGGGAUGGAAAUAUGCCUGAAGGUGCUUUGGAUGAAGCGCGCGACGUUUUUGGUGUUGAGGACUUCAAUUUUGACGAAUUUUACGAUGAAGAUGAAGAGCCCAUCGAGGAUGACGAUGAAGACCAAGAAGAUCUCAUGGAUGACGAGGGAGAAGGCGAAGGAAGAGUACGCCGAGUGCGAGCGAAAGAGAAGACUAGUACUCUUCUGGAUACAAUGGAGCCAUCGGAAUUAGAAAGAGGUUUCAUGGCGCCAGCAGACAAGAAAAUCCAGCUUGAGGAUAAACCAGAGAGAUUUCAAUUGCGGAAAUCUCCUGUCACUGAAGCGGAUGAUAUGGAGUUAGAGCAGGAGUCAAAGUGGAUAUACUACCAUGCUUUCUGCUCAACAUCCAUUUCCACUCAAAAGUCCAAUCUUUUGGCGUAUGUGGCCGAUUAUCGAGGAAACGAUAGGUCGCAGUGUGAGGACGAAGCUAGAGAAACUAUAAAAGAAGCUCUGAAGUUUAUGCGGAAUCAACUGUUCGAAGUCCCGUUCAUUGCUUUUUAUCGAAAAGAGUUGGUGAGCACUGUGCUUCCAAUCAAUGACCUUUGGAAAGUGUACGAAUGGGACGAGAAAUGGUGCCAUUUGCAACAUAGAAAAAAGAAGCUAGUCGAAUUGAUGAAACGUAUGCAGUAUUACCAGACCGAAUCAAUGCAAAAUUUUCGCCGUACCAUCUCAGACGUCGACAUAAUCGAAGUUCAGAAUGCCGAUUCUAUAGAUGCUGUAAGCGAUCUAUCAGCCCAGUUCCACUUGUAUUACGGAGCUGAAGUGAAUCGAAUGUUGGAUUGGGAGGCUGCGCAAAAGGACAUUGAUGAAGGUGGCGAUGGUACCAAUGUUCAUGGCUCGAGAUUCAGACAGAGUACCCGAAAUGAUAGCUAUCAGUUGUGCGUUGAUAACGGCAUUGGUGGCAUGGUGUCACGUUUUGGAAUUACUGCUCGUCAGCUCGCGGAAAACUUGGAUUGGAAGAAACAUGACGUAGAACAGGAUCCGGUGGCACCAAAAGUUGCCGCUGCUGACUACACUAAUUCUUCCUUCCCAACUCCUGAAGCUGUGAUUGCCGGUGCUAUCUAUAUGAUGGCCAGAGAGCUCAGUCGCGAGCCUGCAGCGCGUGAGAGGAUACGUCAAACGUAUCGAGAACACGCAAAAUUAUAUGUGCGACCAACGCAGAAAGGUCGCGAACAUCUAGAUGAAGCUAGCCCUGUGUGGAAGAACAGGUACAUCAAAGGGAAACCUGUGUCUCUGCUUGAAGAAGAGGAAUUCCUGUAUCUUCACCAGGCUAAGAAAGCAGAACAUCUCGACGUGAAGUUUGUGUUUGAGAAGCACACUCCCAACGACGAGGUCGUGCGAGUUUUAUCAGACGCUGUCCUCACUGAGCAACCCUACCGGGUGGACGAGUACUCUGAAAUAGUGGAAGAGUGGAACUCGAUCCGUGAAAAAGCAACAAGAAUGGCUAUAGAUGAGAUGCUUCUCCCAUAUUUGGAAGGCGAAAUGGAGCAAAAACUUGUAGAUGAAGCCAAAAAUAGUGUGCUAUAUAAGUGUGGCAGAGCUAUGUAUGCACGGUUAGAACCAGCAGCUUUCCAUCCAUCUGAAGAGCAAAUGGAAGAUGAAGACGAAGACUUCAGUCGACAAGGAGAAGUACGGGUCAUGGGAAUUGCCUACUCAACUGAUAUGGAUGAGGCCUCUUUUGGAGUGCUAGUGGAUCAGGACGGGGCUGUCAUAGAUUACUGCAGAAUGGUUCAUUUCACCAAGCGAGGAGGAUUUGGUCCUCAAGCGCAAUUGAAGUCUGAGUCUAUGGCCUUUUUCAAAAAGUUCGUGGAACGUCGACGUCCUCAUGUGAUAGCUCUAUGUGGCGAAAAUUUGGAUGCCAUUCGUCUCCGGAGAGAUGUAGAAGAGUGUUUGAAUAGCAUGGUAGCCGAAAGCGAGCUUACUAGAGCGCCUCCCGUAUAUAUCAUGGACAAUGAAGCUGCAAAAGUAUUUAUGCUGUCAAAAAGUGCCAUGACUGAGCAUUCCGGUUAUCCACCAACACUCCUCCAAGCCAUUUCGCUAGCGCGACUCAUGUUGGACCCAUUAUGGGAGUAUGCACAUCUGUGGAACGCUGAUGAAGAUGUUUUUUGCCUAAAUUUCCAUCCUUUGCAAAGUGAAAUAAGCAAGGAAGAACUGAGUAAUGUGCUUGCUCGAGAACUCAUCAAUCGGGUCAAUGAGGUGGGAGUCGAUGUAAAUCGGUGUCUGGAACAUCCACAUACUGCGAAUGUCCUCCAGUUUGUCUGUGGUCUUGGGCCACGAAAAGCGACACAUCUUCUGAAAAUGCUCAAACAGCACGACCAUCUUCUGGAAAGUCGUACAAAACUUGUGACCCUGUGUCGCAUGGGUCCGAAGGUGUUCAUGAACUGCGCGGGCUUCAUCAAGAUUGAUACAACUAGGGUUGCUGAGAAAACUGACGCAUAUGUGGAAGUGCUAGAUGGGUCUCGUGUUCAUCCUGAAACUUAUGAAUGGGCAAGAAAGAUGGCUGUUGACGCACUAGAGGUGGACGAUUCAGCAGAUCCUACCACUGCCUUAGAGGAGAUUCUGCAAGCCCCAGAUCGUCUAAAAGAUCUCGAUCUUGAUGCUUUCGCUGAGGAACUGAAGAGACAAGGUUUUGGUGAGAAGAAAGCCACUUUAUACGAUAUCUCAGCGGAGUUGAAUCAUAGGUAUAAGGACCAGCGCAGACCAUUUAUACCACUAAGCGACCAGGAGUUGUUUACACUUUUGACGAAAGAAUCCAAGGCAACUUUGGAGGAAGAGAAAAGAGUCUGCGGCGUUGUUACAGGAGUUCAAUUCAAGAAAAUUCCGGAAGAGCAAAGACAAUCAUACAUCUCUGGUCACGAACACAUGCAACGCAUACAAGAGUCUGAGUAUUGGGAAUGCUCGUUCUGUAGGAUGCCAAUCAUUUCAAAUAGGCUAUACGAACAUCUCCAGAUAAGAGACGCGCGAAAAGGCGGAUGUCCUGGUAUUCCUGUUGGCAUUCGUGUUAGGCUUGAUAAUGGUAUCAGCGGUUUCAUUCCGAACAAAAUGAUAUCUGACAGACCUGAAUCUUUCAAGAAUCCUUUGGAACGAGUCAAGAUGAAUCAGCCAAUUUAUUGCCGCAUCAUCAAGAUAGAGCCAGAAAAGUUCUCUUGUCUUUUGUCAUGCCGAUCGUCCGACCUCAAUAAGGAGCCUGUUACCGAGCACGAUAAAUUUUGGGAUUAUGAAGCCGAGAAAGAGGAUCUGGAGAAGGACCGUACGACAAAGAUACACAAGGCUGAAGCCAACUUUACUCAUCGGCAAAUCGUACACCCACAGUUCCACAAUGUGAGUUACCGCGAAGCACAAAGGAUGCUUGGCAGUAAAGAUACGGGUGACAUUGUCAUUCGACCUUCGGCGAAAUCAAAUAAUCGAUUGACAAUUUCGUGGAAAGUGACGGAUGGUGUCGUCGGUAAUAUCGAUGUUGAAGAACAUGAUAAGGAUGAUCCUAGCGAACUUGGUCGCCGCCUCACUAUCUUGGGAGAGGAGUUUGACGACCUUGAUGAAGCUAUAGCGCGAUUUCUUUAUCCAAUGGCGGAUCUUUGCAGAGACGUAAUGUCACAUAAGUAUUAUAUGGAUGGCACGUUCUCUGAGGAGCGGGACAAAGUUGAACAAAAGCUACGCGAUGAGAAAAGAGCCUCUCCUUCCCGAAUACCGUACACAUUGACUGCAUCGCGAACGUAUCCAGCGAAGUUUGUGCUCUCCUAUCUGGCAAGGAUAAAACCAUGUCAUGAAUACAUAUCAGUGACCAGUGAAGGGCUAAAGUUCCGACAGAAGUUCUUCCCCUCUCUUGAUCAGCUUCUGGCCUGGUUUAAAGUACAUUUCCGUGAACCACCUCCAGGAUUAAACAUUCAACAUCGUCGGUGAAAAACACUAGAACAUAGGCCUUUGGAAGUAACGGGAGCCGCUGAUUUACAAAGUGGUCAAAAUUUGCGGCACUUCUGCUCUUGUCGUUCAAGAAAAAUCGCUCUAUACGGAUAUUUAAUAAAUUAAUAACUUUCAUUUUGUCAGUCGAGGCAUUUGCUCGCAAAAUUCUUGUAUAUUGUUUGUGGAUGUGAUGUGUGAAGGAAGUCACUGUUGUUGUUUUCUUAUACUAAGAAUGUCAUUUGCAAAGAAAUUUAAAA